CGCUUUCUCUCACGCCUACGCAGUUUCAUUGUUCCGCAGCUGAAGCUGUAAUAAAUCACGCAGAGUGGGGCUGCCUCUGUGGGCGUUUCUUCUUCUCUCAUUUAAACCGCAGUGUGGGGGGACCCGGGGAGACCGCCUGCGACCCUCUGCCGGACUCUGUGCCCUCUGACCCGCCGUGGAUCCGGACUGAUCCGGACCGAGCCGCCCUUCUUGUGCUGUGUAACCUCGUCGCCAUGAGUCUGAGUGCUAACGACCUCUCUGAGCUCAUUGAGCUGUGGGAGGAGCUGAACCUGACCUCCGCUGACCAUAACCUGUCCCACGUGGAGGCGCUGAGGUGUUCGGGCACCGUCAACCAAACCGCCUUCCUUCACACCCUCUCCGUCCUCUACAUCUUCAUCUUCCUGGUGGGCCUCGCCGCCAAUGCCCUGGUGGUCUGGGUCAACCUGCGAUCCGACAGGAACCGCUAUGAGACACACCUGUACAUCCUGAACCUGGCCAUAGCUGACCUGUGCGUCGUGGCCACGCUGCCGAUCUGGGUGACCUCAUUGCUGAAGGGCGGUCAGUGGCCGUUUGGAGAAUCCGUCUGUAAACUUACUCACCUGGUCUUCAGCGUUAACCUCUUCAGCAGCAUCUUCUUCCUUGCCUGCAUGAGUGUCGACCGCUACUUGUCCGUCACGCUGUUUGGCGACACCCCCGACAGCCGCAGGAAGAAGGUGGUGCGCCGGCUGAUCUGUGUUCUGGUUUGGAUGAUGGCGCUGGUGGCCUCCAUCCCAGACACCUACUUCCUGCAGGCGGUGAAGUCAGCGCACUAUGAUGGCGCCAUCUGCCGUCCAGUGUACCCGCCCAGCAACCCGAAGGAGUGGAUGGUGGGCAUCCAGCUGAGCUUCUUUGCGCUCGGCUUCGCCAUCCCCUUCCCUGUCAUCACCAUCUUCUACCUACUCCUGGCAACGGCCAUCCCUCCCACCUCAGACCAGGAGCGGCGCGUCAGCCGGCGGAUCAUCCUCACGUACAUUGUAGUCUUCUUGGUGUGCUGGCUGCCAUUCCACACUGUCCUCCUGCUGGACACCCUGUCCCUGCUGAAUCUCCUGCCCUUCAGCUGCCGGCUGGAGAACUUCCUGUACGUGUCGCUGCACCUAACACAGUGCUUCUCGCUGGUCCAUUGCUGUGUCAACCCCAUCCUGUACAACUCCCUGAACAGGAACUACCGCUAUGACCUCAUGAAGGCCUUCAUCUUCAAGUACUCCACCAAGACCGGGCUCACCAGGCUCAUCGAUGCCUCGCAUGUCUCAGAAACCGAGUAUUCAGCAAUGACCACGGACAGCCCGAUGUGAACUUCAGAGCCCUCCAGGACUCAUUCAAAGACUUGUAAAUAACUUCCACCUACCCCUGUUGGUGGCACACCUAACUUCAUCCAGAGGAACUACUACAGCAACGACGAGUAUGCCUUCAGACCUGCACCAGGUUAGGGUGUACGUGCUUUAGCAGUUUUAAUGGACUGGGCUGGCUCAACUCGUUCAGGACCUGCAGUCGGUUCCUCCAUCUGCUAGUGCUAGCUGCAGUCGUUUCCAGCUUGAGCCAGGUGAACCGCACCAGCUGUGAUUCCUGGAUGGGUUAUUGACCUAAUGGCCAAUGUCCUGAUGUCUCUUGGGAAUGCUUUUUGCGUCAUUAGAAGCUUUUUAGGACUCGGGAAUGCAUCCUAACACCUAUCUGACACGUCGUAUGUUAUUGGAUCGACUGGUGACAGAAAGACGUUCUGGCCAUCAGGUAAUCAUUUGUAUCUAUAAAAAAAGACUUUUCUUCAUGCUCUGCUGUUUCUAAGUAAUCAAAACAAAGACAGCACAAAGGUUUGUGGACAGCAUGACUAAACGUGUCAGCGCUGCUCCGAUCAGCUGCUUUAACUCACUGAGGUUUCACCUGUUUCUGACACACUCUGUGUAUUAAAUACUCCAACAUAAUGCACUGAAUGUGAAAGCCAUGUCCUCCUAGAUGUAUUAUAACUCUCUUACAUAGAAAAUGAAUGAAGGCUCAAACAUCAGCAGGUCAGUGUCAGGAACAGCUACUCGCUGAGCCUGGCUCAGAUCCUUCACCACCUAACCGAAGUUCACAGGUCAGAGGAACACUGGAUUAUGUAGAGUGAGCAUCCACAAACCUUCAGUCAUGUAGUUGUUUGUCCUGACAGUCAGAGCUGAGGGCUGAAACUCGCCUGAGAGAUGACCUGAAGAACCUGAAACUCACAGGAUCACCUGAAGGCAGUAAAAAAAAAAGUUGUUUUUUUCCACUUUAUAUGAAUUGGAGGUGGAAACAUGAUGGAGAAAAACAUUUUUCACCUUCAGAGACGACCCUGAAAUCUGUGGACGCGUUACUGUCCAACAAGCUGGAAACUAUUAACAGGAAAUUCUGGGUUCAAACUGGCGAAUGACGCACAAACAUCACAUUAACAACAAAAUAUUAGGAAGAACUUUCUGUCUCUGGCAGAAAUUCUUGUUUUCUGUAAUGUUUUUGCCAAAUAUCCACAUGCUCUUUCCAGGAAACUUUAUUUUGAAACUCAGAAAGAAACAAAGGGGUUUUCUUUUUUGUUCAUUAUCAGCAUAUUUAAUCUGUCUGCUGUCAGGUUACCAGACUGUGAUGAUGUGCUUCAUUUCUGUAUUACAGCUCCUGCACUAGAACCAAACUGUGUAAAAAAAGCUCCUGUUUCCUGUAUGAUCUCCUGCUCGUUCCUGCUUGUUUCUGCUUCAGGUUCACUCUGUAAUAAAG